AUGUCUGCUGAGAUAUCAAACUCACAAUUCCAUACUGGCCGCCUACCGAAUGGCGCCAAGAGUCGCAACAGACCGAAGUUGAUGCUCAUGGGUCAAAGAAGAAGCGGAAAGUCAUCAAUCUCCGGUGUAGUCUUCCAAAAAAUGCCACCUUCUGAGACGCUGUACCUCGAGACCACGACGCGCCCCGAAGAAUCGUCUGCACACUCCUUCAUGGACUUCCAAAUAGCAGAACUUCCAGGCCACGUCAACUACUUCACACCCGACUUCAAUCAGGCCAAUAUCUUUGCCGAGAUCGGUGCCGUCAUCUGGGUCAUUGAUGCCCAGGACCAGUAUCUUGACGCUCUCAACCAACUCAUUGACACGAUAACCUACUUGGCCCAAACAUGGCCUGCGAUAAACGUCGAGGUCUUCGUGCACAAGGUUGAUGGUCUUUCCGAGGAAUACAAGAACGACACCUUCCGCGAUAUCCGACAACGAAUCCUGGAUGAGCUCUCUGAUCUCGGUUAUGACAAUGCACCUGUCAGUUUCUAUCAGACUAGCAUCUACGAUCAUUCCGUCUUUGAGUCGAUCAGCAAAGUUAUACAGAAGCUUCUGCCACAGCUGCCCACAUUGGAGAGUCUGCUCAACAGCUUGUGUAGUACGUGCCGAAUUCAAAAGGCAUACCUAUUCGACAUCAUCACCAAGAUCUACAUCGCAUCAGACACAAGUCCUCAAGACACUAAUAGCUACGAGAUCUGCUCCGACUUCAUUGAUGUAGUGGUGGACAUUGGCGAAUUAUACGGCUGGGCACGACCCCAACAGGGCGAGAAGACCGAAUUCAACAACCAUGCCUGCGAGAGUAUGGUCACCAUGGAGAAGAAGGGGCAGAACUAUCUAUAUCUUCGGGAGAUGAACAGAUAUCUUGCUCUAGUUUGCAUCAUGGGCGAUGACAACCCCAUGGAGAAGAAGGUGCUCAUAGACUACAAUGUGGGUGUGUUCCAAGAAGCUCUUGCAAAAGUCUUCGGCUGGUGA